AUGAGAACGAUAAUUGAAAGCGCCAUAUGUAUAAAAGAUCGUAAUACGUAUAAAGUUAAUUAUAUUCUAGGGAAGAUAAAGAAAUUUAUUAUAAUAACUCGUCUUUUUAUACAGUACCACUGUAAAAAGGUUUGUAUUUAAAGCACUAUUGUUUUGAUUUACACGCCGCAGAAACGCCAUCUUACGAUUUGUUUCGGGUUUGUCAUAUUCGUGUAUAUAUACAUAGCGGAGAGGGUGUUCACCACUGUUCGCUUUUACUUAAUUUUCUGACAGUAGUAUUCAAGAGGAAAGAAAUUGCUGGUGAACAAUAUUUUCGUGCUCGUUAACACGCCGUUGAAUUGGGCCCAGUCAUGGACGAUUUACAGAAUUAUAAACUGCAGCUUCAGCAGGUGGAAGCGGCGCUUACCACGGAUCCGACAAAUGAAGAACUCCUGAAAUUGAAAAUUGAUCUCGAGGAAGUAAUAGAGCUGACACAUGAUUUAAUUAAAUCACAACAACAGGAAAAAAGGCAAGCCAAUGGCAUGGAUGCUAAAGAUCCUAUUUUACUUGCAGUUCUGGCCAAUAAAUGGAAGGUUGGUGAUCAGUGCAUGGCACCUUGGAGCGAGGAUGGCAAAUACUAUGAAGCAACAAUAGAUGCAAUAAGCGAAGAUGGUGUUGUUAAUGUAACAUUCAGUGAAUAUAAAAAUACAGAUGUCACAAUGCUCAGUCAACUAAAGUCGGUAGCCAAAAGGCCAGCAUCAGAUUGGGCAGAUCAGAAAUCAAAAAAAAUGCAAGCUGCUGCAGUAGCAGGUUCUGAUCCUAAUAAACAAAGAGAAUACCUUAAGAAAAAGAAGCAGAGAAAACUUCAACGAUUUAAAGAGCUCGAGGAGGAGCGUGAAAUGGAGAAGAACAAAUGGCUAGCAUUUACAAACAAGUCCUCGAAAAAAGGUGUAAUUAAGAAGAGUAUAUUUGCCACACCAGAGAAUGUAAAUGGUCGAGUGGGAAUUGGUACCUGCGGCGUAAGCGGCCGGGAAAUGACAAAAUUUAGUAAUGGAGAAAAAUGGAGGAGGGGAGCAUGAAUGUUAUUGUAAAUACACAAAUUAAUAUUUCGCGGGAUAGAAUUAUCAAUUAUUGUUACAUUAUAUUGAAUUUAGUUCUCAAGAGAACUGAAAAAAAAACGUAUGUUUUGUGUUGUAUGACUGUUCUAACAGAGUAAAUGAAUGAGGCGUGUAUAGUUGUAUUUUGAGACUGUGUGUAGACAUUAUGUUACGAACAAACAAUGACCUCAAUAAAUCCUGAAAUUAUCUGGAUUUUCUACCUUCACGAAAUGAGUGAGUUGUCAUGAAUGAAUGUAUUUCUAGGUUAAUACAUUUAUGUGGGUAUGAUUUGUUUAUAAUCUAUAAAUGAAACGAAUAAAUGUAUAUUUUAAAGCCAAAUGUUCA